AUGGCUUCCGGAAGCUUGUGCAUCUUGGGGUUUAUGCCGGGGUCCUUUGGGCCCGACGUCGGUACGAGCCAACCAUUACAUCAGACUCAUGUGAGAGUAAUGUUUGCUGCUUUUUCCCGAUACAAGCCAACCAACGUUGGCGAUGCUUGGGCUUUAUGGCGACAUGGGGCUCGUGAAUCCCCGCCGGCGCCUUCGUUCCCUUCCCACCUCAUGCCAGCAGCGCUGGCAGCGCUGGCAGCAGCUCCGGUUGCUCCGCUCCCUCCUCUCCCUCCACUGGUCACUCAGGACCAGCGACUAGAGCUGCAGCAGCCCCCGCAGCAGCCCCCGCAGCAGCCGUCCCAGCCCCUGCAAAAGGGCCAAAGCUUCCUGGGUCGAACCGUGAGCAAGAUCGUCUCAAAGUGGGGCAAUCAGCCGGCCCAGCAGGGGUCAACUGAGAUCUUGGUAAUCUAA